UGAUCGAAUAUUUAUUUCAAUAAAAUAAAACGUAUUGUAUUCGUCGUAGUAUUUAUAAUGAAUUUAACAUUUUGUAUUGGUAAAAUUAAUUGUGUUCGUAUAGAAAUGCAACAGGAUUUGUAUAUAAUAUUUAAUAAUAUAACCUCAAUAUGGCUGAAAAGAUCCUGAAAGCAAUAUUAUAUAGUUGUGAAAGUGCUAAUAAGAAUCUAGAAAAUUCAAAGGAAUAUAAGAAACUACUAGAAGAGAAUAAAUUCCUACCAUCUAACGAUAUAUUGAAUGCACUAUGUUUAUCUUUAACAAAACUAUUGACAUAUAAGGUAUCAAAGGAGGCAUAUCAACGUUAUACUGUGAGACUUCAUGUGAUCGAAGUUCUACGAGAAUGGUGUAAAAUCAAUGACAAUCUUCAAAAUUUCGAAGUACUCAGAGAUGAAAAGCAAAGCUUAACAUUACUAAAAAGCUUGUUGAAGAAAUAUUUAACAGACGAUACCUUAGACAGCUGUGACUCAAGCGACAAUCUAUUAUCCUUAAUCAGUGCUUUAAUAUGCUUGGCAUCCACAGAUUCAUACUAUAAGUGUUACGUAGAAAAGUCGAUACUAAAACUAGCAGAAUUAGAAACCUGCGAUGAAAGUGAAUAUUUGUUAUGUUAUGCUGUACAAGAAAAUUCCAAUUUAGACCUCAAACUUUCAACCAUAGAAACCAUAUAUAAGUCACAGAAAUGCAAAUUAAUAGAGCAACCGUUAUUAAAUAAUUUCAUAUCAUCGUGUAUCGAUUUAAAUAAAGAUGACAAUAUAGAUGAUUUAGAGAAUAUAAAUUUGAUAGAUCAAUUAUUCAGAUUUGCCACUAAAUCUUCAUGUAUCUUCUUAUUAAUAUGUGCAUUCCUAAAGGAAUUAUUAAUACAGUUAGAUCAUGCUCCUACAGUUGUGAAUUUUAUACAGUCAAUUCUAAAAAGCAUUAAGAAACAUUGUGAAAAACAAAAUAAAGAUAUCGUAGACCUUUACCCAAGAAACAUGCAAUCCCUUGUAAUUUUACUACAAAUAGAACCUACACAUCACACAGAUGAUUCUAAAAAUGGAACAUUAAGGAUGCUAAAGGAUAUUUAUAUGGAAGAUGAAGAUACUGUAAUAACUCUGUUGUCACAUUACCCGCUGUGGUUAAAGUUAUUUGGACAACUUUUGAGUCCAAGUGACGAGAUGAUGUGUUCAUAUAACGAGGAAUUGAAUUGUUUAUAGUAAUAAAUUAUAAUAAAUAUUGAAUUG